AUGCUGGUGAGACUGUGGAGACGACCGUCGCUGGUCUUGUCGAGGGGCAUUGCAACAGCUGCAUUACGACCUGUGGAAGAAGCAAAAGCUGUAAAGGAUAAGCAUCGUAUCUACUAUGCACGUAUUGCGCGCAAGUUUCGUGCGGAGACGAUGCCGUGGGAAUCAAUGAACCGUACAACGCGCUUUUUACAGAGCCGAGGGCUGAGCCAGACACAAGCGCUGAGAGUGAUAUCUCAACAUGUUAUGAUUAUCUGCUACUCGGAUGAAUUGAUUGCUAGCAAGAUUCCGUGGCUAAGUGACUUGGGACUUAGUCACGAAAAGAUCAAUAAUAUUAUCAUGCGUCAUCCGAACAUCUUGGGGAUCACCAUUGACAAGUAUGAAGCACUUGUUAAUUGGUAUCUUUCGUAUGGGGUCUCAAGAGAUAAGAUCCCUUACCUGUUCAACAUAUUUCCGCAAGGAGUGUCGUACAGUAUCCGAGACAAUUUGGACCCAAAAGUAGAGCUUUUGAAAGAAUUUGGAUGCAAUGAUAGGCAAGUUGCACGAGUUUUGACGCGAUCUCCGCAAAUCUUCACCCAUAGUGUCGAGCGACUUCGUGCCAAAGCAAACUAUUUGAUCGAGUUGGGUGUACCACAUGAGCGAUUGGCAUUCAUCGUUUCGACAGUACCUGAAUGUGUUGCAUUGACUUCAUCUCGAGUCAAGGAAACAGUGGAUGCAAUGGAUGAAUUGUUUGGUGAUGGCGCUGGUUUGCGGACUCUGCUGCGGAACUGUCGUAUCGUUAUGAGCAGCAUUAGUGGUAUGCGUGAAUCCUUUGACUACUUGACUUCCAUAGGCUUUACGAAGGAAAGACUGGAGAAAAACACGAGGUAUCUCACACGAAAUGUCGAUCGCUGUCUCCGGCCACGUGCACAAUUUUUGAUGAUGAAGAGCGUUGAUGUGGUAAGCGAUAUCACGUGGAUAUUGACGCCAGAAAGUCGGUUCAUUGAGAACUAUCCAGAUUAUGCAGCAUAUCUGAAGGAAUUUGAGCUGACUCGAAGCAAGGAUGUAAAGGACAAUAUGCUGUCAUAG